CGACUCCCUCGCCGUCACGACGCGUAGUCCCCCACCACCAAGCUCACAGAUCCAUCACGCCAGCCAUCAGAAUCACGACCGCGCGUCAAUUCUGUCUCUCAUCAAGCUUUACCUGUAUUGCGUAGAGCCCGUUCGGGCAGUAUGGCUCCCUCGCGCAGUCGCAACACGCAGGUGGAUUCCACGGAUGUCUCAACCGCCGACGUGUCCAUGAACGAGGAUACCGAGAUGACCGACAACCAUGCUCCUACCAACGGCGCUACGAAGUUCGGGUACUACCAGGACACGCCAGAUUACACGGACUCGGACACCAACCCGAACACCACAGCUAGCAGCAUAGCAGGCGAUGCGCAGGGCCCGGAUGGGCGCAAGCGCCGGUCAGAGGCGUUCCAGAUGCGCAAGAACAUGUUUGGCAAGAAGCACGACCGCCUCGGCGAAUCAAAGGAUGAUGACUCUAUUAGACGCUUCCGAUACCUACUCGGUCUUACAGACCUCUUCCGACAUUUCAUCGACUCAAACCCGAACCCCCGGAUCAAGGAGAUCAUGGCGGAAAUCGAUCGCCAGAACGCCGAGGACGAGGCUAAGGCGAAGAGUAACAAAAUCCGGAAGGGCGGCGCUGCGGCAGAGCGACGUAGGCGCACAGAACAGGAAGAAGACGCGGAGCUCAUCCGCGAAGAGAAGCGUGGCGGUCAUGACGAGACAGUGUUCAGGGAGUCGCCAGGAUUUGUUCAAGGCGGAACCAUGCGCGACUAUCAAGUCCAAGGUCUCAACUGGCUCAUCUCUUUGCACGAGAACGGUAUCUCUGGUAUCCUAGCAGAUGAGAUGGGUCUUGGAAAGACUUUACAGACGAUCUCCUUCCUGGGCUACCUACGGUUUGUCAAGGGCAUACACGGUCCCCAUCUUGUGGUCGUUCCAAAAUCCACCCUGGACAACUGGAAGCGCGAAUUCCACCGCUGGACCCCGGAUGUCAAUGUGCUGGUCCUCCAGGGUGCCAAGGAAGAGCGUCAAGCGCUCAUCAACGAGCGACUGAUCGACGAGAAGUUCGACGUCUGCAUUACGAGCUACGAGAUGAUACUGCGUGAAAAAUCUCAUCUCAAGAAAUUCGCCUGGGAGUACAUAAUAAUUGAUGAGGCUCAUCGCAUCAAGAACGAAGAAUCCUCUCUCGCGCAAAUCAUCCGCGUUUUCAAUUCCCGCAAUCGUCUUCUCAUCACUGGAACUCCGCUUCAAAACAACCUGCACGAGCUCUGGGCUCUACUCAACUUCCUACUUCCGGAUGUUUUCGGUGAAUCAGAAGCGUUUGAUCAGUGGUUUUCAGGACAGGAUGAGGAUUCCGAUACCGUUGUGCAACAACUUCACAAAGUGCUCCGGCCCUUCUUACUUCGUCGGGUCAAGAGCGAUGUCGAGAAGUCACUAUUGCCAAAGAAAGAGGUCAAUCUUUAUAUCGGCAUGUCGGAAAUGCAAGUCAAGUGGUACAAGAAGAUCCUCGAGAAGGAUAUUGAUGCCGUUAACGGAGCCGGUGGGAAGAAAGAGUCGAAGACGCGUCUACUCAACAUCGUCAUGCAACUCCGCAAGUGCUGCAAUCAUCCCUAUCUCUUCGAAGGCGCUGAACCAGGUCCACCCUACACGACCGACGAGCAUCUCGUCCAGAACGCAGCUAAAAUGGUUAUGCUUGACAAGCUUCUCACGCGCAUGAAGCGCCAAGGUAGCCGAGUCCUCAUCUUUUCCCAGAUGAGUCGCGUGCUCGAUAUUCUCGAGGAUUACUCGGUCAUGCGCCAGUACCAAUACAGUCGUAUUGAUGGAUCUACCGCCCACGAGGACCGUAUUGCAGCCAUCGAUGACUACAACCGAGAAGGAUCCGAGAAAUUCCUUUUCCUUCUUACCACUCGUGCUGGUGGCCUAGGUAUCAAUCUGACCAGCGCCGACAUCGUUGUUCUAUUUGAUAGUGAUUGGAAUCCUCAAGCAGAUCUCCAGGCCAUGGACCGUGCUCAUCGUAUCGGUCAGACCAAGCAAGUCGUUGUCUUCCGUUUCGUCACUGAAAACGCGAUUGAAGAGAAGGUUCUAGAACGCGCAGCUCAGAAAUUACGUCUUGAUCAGCUUGUUAUCCAACAAGGUCGUGCACAGCAACCUGUCAAGAAUGCCGCUUCCAAGGAUGAUCUUUUGAACAUGAUACAGCAUGGUGCCGAGAAGGUCUUCCAGUCACAGGGCGGUGUUGGUGCUGUCGGCGGUUCGACAGACCUCACAGAUGACGAUAUUGAUGACAUUCUCAAGCGUGGCGAGGAGCGUACCGCAGAACUGAACGCCAAAUAUGAGAAGCUCGGCCUGGACGAUUUGCAGAAAUUCACGUCGGACUCUGCCUACGAGUGGAAUGGCGAAAACUUCCAGCCGCGGAAGAAGGACAUCGGCAUCAGCUGGAUCAAUCCUGCUAAGCGCGAGCGCAAAGAGAUUGGCUAUUCUAUGGACAAGUACUAUCGCCAGGCCUUGAUGACAGGUGGUCGGACCGCGGAUACGAAACCCAGAAUCCCACGAGCACCAAAGCAAAUUCAGAUCCACGACUACCAGUUCUUCCCCGAUGAACUGCACAACCUCCAAGAGAAGGAGACAGCCUUCUACCGCAAGGAGAACAACCUCAAGGCACCCCUAGCAGAAGGCACUGAUGAGGACCUCGAGGCUCGUAUCGCCGAACAGGAACUUGAGCAGCGAGAAAUCGACGAUGCUGAGCCUUUGACCGAGCAGGAAAAGGAGGAAAAAGUUAAGCUUAUUGCGCAAGGUUUCCCGGAAUGGAACAAGCGCGACUUCCAACAGUUCCUCAAUGGUUCCGCCAAGUAUGGUCGUCACAACUAUGAAGGCAUCAAUGAGGAAGUCGAUGGCAAGAACACGGAAGAAAUCAAGGCGUACGCCAAAGUUUUCUGGAAGAAAUACCAGCAAAUUGAGAGUUGGCAGAAGUAUGUUGGCAUUGUGGAGGCAGGUGAAGCAGCGACUCGGAGACUGGAAGACAACCGCAAACUACUCAAGAAGAAGUUGGGCAUGUACAGAGUCCCGCUCCAGCAGCUCAGGAUCCAGUAUACCGUCUCGACCACGAACAAGAAGGUCUAUACCGAGGAGGAAGAUCGCUUCUUGCUCAUCCAGAUGGACAAAUACGGGAUAGAGAGCGAUGGCAUCUUUGAAAAGAUCCGGGACGACAUUCGCGAGUCGCCACUGUUCCGCUUUGACUGGUUCUUCCUCAGCCGUACACCCCAGGAAAUCAGCCGACGAUGCACCACUCUUCUCACUGCUGUCAUCAAAGAAUUUGAGCCUGAGGCGAAGACCAACGGUAGGGGUCCUGGGAAGGGCAAGCGCGUCGUCGAAGAGGAUGAAUCGGAGGAAGAAGAAGAUGCUCCAGUCAAGAAGAAGGUCAAGAAUGGCGUCAAGCAACUCGAUACCAUCAAGGGCAGCAAGGCUACUUCCGUUGCCACGUCACGAGCGGCGAGUGUCGUCUCCAAUGGAUCUGCUAAGAAGGGCAAAGGAAGGGGGAAGAAAUAGCCACGGUUCGGCGCAGUGGGAUGGUCAGGUUCCUACUACAGUACUCCCUUUCUUUUAUCACUUCUUAAGUGUACCUUGAUAUAGGAUGGCGUUUGGCACGAGCAUAUGAGCGUGUAUGGGGUGGGGACUCUGUUUGACAUGGGAGUAAAACUCAGGAAGCAUGGUAUGGUGUCUUUCUCAGGGUGUUAAAGGCCCUGGCUUUUUCUUUUUGUAUGUCCUGCUGUUAGGACAAGGCGACCGCAUGGUCUAGUAUUGCGGAAUUUGAUCAGCUUAGAGUAUAAAAGUCGAGAUUAUGCCUGUUUGAAUGUCUUGGAGAUGAAUC